AUGGCGGCGGGCGCGGCGCGGGCUGGGGGUGGUUGAGGGUAGCAGGUAUCCAUCCGCUCUUCCACAUCAUCCUCGUCUUCCCCUUGUUCUGCUCGCCUCGGACUGGAGUGGGUGCAGGGCUCGUCCCCGUGACGCCGUCCCCGCCUGGCGAGACUGGUCAUGUCAGGCCAGGCCCGGGCGUCGGGGCCCGGUGGGGCGCUGGAGCCCCCGGCCCACCCCGCGCUGUGCCCCUGGUCGGGCAGGCCCUGGGUUUGAGGGGUCGCGGCCCUGGAUGUGCCGUCCCUGCGUGCCCCGAUUCAGCUACGUGGAGCUGCUGUUAACUGCGCUGCUCCUAGGGAUCCUUUAAAAAUUAUUCUUAAUGUAUGUUGUAGGAAAUUAACCCCAUCUUUUUCUAAUAAGACCUGCAACUGUAUAAUGUUAAUAUCUGAGACUUAAUUGGUAUCGAGCAGUUGUACUGAACAGUAUUGAUACUGUUAGUCUUCUUAUUUUCAGAAAUAUGUGAAGCUAGAUCUAAGUAAAUUGAACUUUGUGUCAGUCAAUGAAACAUUUUGUCGCCCAUUCAGAUUAGUUCUUUUGGAGAGUAAACAGUUGGAGAGGAAAAUGACAUCGAUUAUCAAGUUGACUACGCUCUCGGGGGUGCAGGAGGAAUCUGCCCUUUGCUAUCUGUUGCAAGUAGAUGAGUUUCGUUUUCUUUUGGACUGUGGCUGGGAUGAAAACUUUUCUAUGGAUAUUAUUGAUUCUCUGAGGAAGCAUGUACACCAGGUUGAUGCUGUUCUUCUUUCCCACCCUGAUCCUCUCCACCUUGGUGCACUUCCAUAUGCAGUUGGAAAAAUGGGGUUGAAUUGUGCCAUUUAUGCAACUAUUCCUGUAUAUAAAAUGGGACAGAUGUUUAUGUAUGAUCUCUACCAGUCCCGCCAUAACACUGAAGAUUUCACACUCUUUACAUUGGAUGAUGUAGAUGCAGCCUUUGAUAAGAUACAGCAGCUGAAGUUUUCUCAGAUUGUGAACUUGAAAGGCAAAGGACAUGGUUUGUCAAUCACACCAUUGCCAGCUGGUCACAUGAUAGGAGGCACAAUUUGGAAGAUUGUCAAGGAUGGGGAGGAAGAAAUUGUUUAUGCCGUUGAUUUCAACCACAAGAGGGAGAUCCAUCUGAAUGGAUGUUCCUUGGAAAUGUUGAGCAGGCCUUCGUUGCUUAUUACAGAUUCAUUUAAUGCUACUUAUGUACAACCCAGGAGGAAGCAAAGGGAUGAACAGCUGCUGACUAAUGUUUUGGAGACAUUACGAGGUGAUGGAAAUGUAUUAAUAGCUGUGGAUACAGCAGGCAGAGUUCUGGAACUUGCUCAGCUUCUUGAUCAGAUCUGGAGAACAAAAGAUGCAGGAUUAGGAGUCUACUCACUCGCACUUUUGAAUAAUGUCAGCUACAAUGUAGUGGAGUUCUCUAAAUCACAGGUUGAAUGGAUGAGUGACAAGUUGAUGAGGUGCUUUGAAGACAAGAGAAACAACCCUUUUCAGUUCCGCCAUCUCUCCUUAUGUCACAGUCUGUCUGAUCUGGCUCGAGUGCCUAGUCCAAAAGUUGUUCUUGCCAGUCAGCCUGACUUGGAGUGUGGGUUUUCUAGAGAUCUUUUCAUUCAAUGGUGCCAGGAUUCCAAAAACUCUGUAAUUUUAACUUAUCGCACUACACCUGGAACAUUAGCGCGAUUCCUGAUUGAUAAUCCUUCUGAAAAAGUUAUAGAUAUUGAGUUGAGAAAACGUGUCAAGUUGGAAGGAAAAGAACUUGAAGAAUACCUAGAAAAGGAGAAACUAAAGAAAGAGGCAGCUAAGAAGUUAGAGCAGUCUAAAGAGGCAGAUAUUGAUUCCAGUGAUGAGAGUGAUGCUGAAGAGGAUAUUGAUCAGCCGACUUUGCAUAAGACUAAACAUGAUUUGAUGAUGAAAGGUGAAGGUAGCCGGAAAGGAAGCUUCUUCAAACAGGCAAAAAAAUCUUAUCCAAUGUUUCCAGCUCCUGAAGAAAGAAUUAAAUGGGAUGAAUAUGGUGAAAUUAUCAAAGCCAGAGUUACAUACAUUGACUAUGAAGGACGUUCAGACGGGGACUCAAUUAAAAAAAUUAUUAACCAAAUGAAACCAAGACAACUGGUCAUUGUCCAUGGACCACCUGAGGCCAGUCAGGACCUUGCAGAAUGUUGCAGAGCUUUUGGUGGAAAAGAUAUUAAAGUUUACAUGCCCAAACUUCAUGAAACUGUAGAUGCUACAAGUGAAACUCACAUUUACCAGGUCAGAUUGAAAGACUCUCUUGUCAGCUCUCUUCAGUUCUGUAAAGCCAAGGAUGCUGAGUUGGCUUGGAUAGAUGGUGUUCUGGACAUGAGGGUUUCAAAAGUGGAUACUGGAGUUAUUUUGGAAGAGGGAGAAUUAAGGGAAGAUGAAGACUUAGAGAUGCAAGUGGAUGUGCCUUCUUCAGACUCGAGUGUGAUUGCACAACAGAAGGCAAUGAAAAGCCUCUUUGGUGAUGAUGACAAGGAGAUGUGUGAGGAGAGUGAGAUCAUUCCUACUUUGGAACCUCUGCCACCUCAUGAGGUUCUUGGACAUCAGUCUGUGUUUAUGAAUGAGCCAAGACUGUCUGACUUCAAGCAGGUUCUCUUGCGGGAAGGUAUACAAGCUGAAUUUGUUGGAGGAGUGCUUGUGUGCAACAACCUGGUGGCUGUCCGCAGGACUGAAACAGGGCGUAUUGGAUUGGAAGGCUGCCUCUGCCAGGACUUCUUUAGGAUAAGAGACCUUUUAUAUGAGCAAUAUGCUAUUGUCUAAGAAAAGUGCUGCAAAGGUGUUCUCACUUGAACUUUUACAGACAAUGGAGGUUUCUCCCAGUUCUGACUUUUUGUAGUUUUCUAAUUUAUACAGGGAAAUCUAAUUCCUAAAGAGCAGUUAGCUGCCUUGAACAUGUAAGUAACUGCUACUCUUGUUCAUAAAUCUGUUGUACAUUCCAUGUAGUUGACUCUUAAACUGUUACAACUUGGCAUCUCCCACAUAACACAUUAUAAAUGAGUUUAUGACUAUGAACACUUCUCAGGAAAGGUUCAAUUUGUCAGGGCAUGUUUUGGUUUCACAGAUUUCCUGUCAAAGAGUAUGAAACAUGUAAAAGUCAUUCUUUUGUUCUAAAAUAAGAUGGGAUAAAGAGCUUUGGUUUCUUUGGUUUUGUUAAUUUUGGUUUCUGAGUAGUUGUUUUUGGUUUUGGUUGCUUGGGGGUUUUUUAGUAAAUUUGAUUUGGGGAACAGUCUCAAAUAUUUUCCUCUUUUUUUAAAUUGAGAUUAGUUGAGGUACAUUAUUAACAGCCCACUUAAAGCUAGACUGCCUAAAGUUUCCCCAGUGUUCAUCUGGCUGCAUCUUAUCGCUCUAUCUGUUCCAUCUCACUGGUUUGUUCUAAAACAUCACUUUGUAUUCUGUAUCCGCAGGAUAAAAAAAAUUACUUGGGUAAUUACUCUAAGAAGACUGGAUGAUAUUUUCAGGCAGUUUGAAAUACAGUAAUUAUGCUUCAGAGUAACUUCUGCACAAACUUACAGAGUUUGUAACUCCUAGCUCUUGCAAACUUAUGCCAAUGGUAAAACCUUUCCUGAGUUCUGAUUUUAAUACUUUUCAAAGUCUAAAGCCUUUAUCCAUGCACUGCUGUUUGUUCAGAGUGCUAUGAGCCAAGUUCAGUAAGAUCAUUUCUCUAGAAAUCUGAGUUCACAUGAUGUAUUUAAUGAUUUUGUGUCAUGUUCUGUUCUAGCUGACAGUGAGACUUUAUUGUAGCUGCUGAUGCUAGGAAUUUACCUUACUAUUAGGUAAGGAUAAACACAGUUUUGAGUUCAUUAAUUUCUCAGAAAUUAACUUAUGAAAACAAAUGGCCUCUUGAGUUUAUUUAAUCAUUUUCUCCCCUGUCCGUAUGUGAAACACCAGCUUUGGCAGUAGAGGGUUGUUUGCUUUUUACAUAAAAUAGCAAUGUAAUAUAUGUUCUUUGUGUGUAUGCUUAAAUAAAAGCUUUUGAAAAAGUGGAAAAAAAAUAGCCCUGUGGGCUAUCUAUGGAAAGAUAAUCAACUUUGCAAUUCAUUCUCAACAAAAAUUUUCUAUCUGAUCUACAUACUAUUCUGUUUAAAAUUGUAGCUUAAAAGUGAAGACGCUAUUGAACAUUUGAUAGAACUAUAUACUAGAAGUGUAAAAAACUUGAAAAUAUAAUACUGAGUGAGAAUGUAUUUUCUUACACAAAAUCUAGGGAUAACUAGAUAGCUGAAUGUUGUGGGUUAUUUUCUUAACAGUCUAGAAAAACGUGUUUCCCUUAUAUUGACCACCAGAACUUCAUAGAAAUGCUCUGGUUUUGUAGCAAUGCUAUAUAAAUCUGUAUGAUGCUGAAUACUUGUUGCUGAAUACUAUUGUAUUACUACUGUUGCUGAUACUAGUGAACUUUUAUAAAGUGAGUUACUUUGUACAUAAUCAUAUUUGCCUUAGGAUUUUUACCUUGUGGGUUUAUGGUGGGAAGGGAUCACGUACACCUGCAUGGAAUAUAUUAAUAAAGAAAAAAUCCCUUAGGAAGUCAAAAUUUUGCUGUUUUUUAAAAAAAGGGGGAUAAAGACAACACAGUGUGAUCAUAAACCUUUCUGUAAAUUUUGUUUUUCUAACCAACUGAUACAAAUUCACCUAGGAUCACAAAAUUUUAAUGUUAUCAGUCACUAAAUUCUAGUGUGUGCUGACAGAAAAUCCCUAAUAGUGCCAUGACUGAAGAAGAGGCUCAAGUGUAAGGAAAACAGCUGACUUAUUUUAGUCUAUUCAGCAUGCAUGUGUCUGAAGUGUGAAAUCAGACCUAGAAAGCUGACAUGCAAGUUUCACUCCCAGCUGAGUGCUGGGACUGGAGUUCUGGACGUCUGUAGAAGGUGGAUCACAGGCUCCACUGGUGCUGUGUGGCAGCCGUGCUCCUCAGCUGGGUUUUUAGUGCUUGUAAAGCAGCGUGCACCUGAAGCCAAUGCCAUUUAAUUUUGCCUAUUCUGCUUUCCUGAUAAGUUUUUAACUAUGAUUUGCUUUACUCAGUAAUUGAACUUCUCUGUAUAAUUCUCAGAGUUAUUAGUCUGGUUCUUGUUUUUAUCUGAGCUACAUUUACGAAAUGUCGGUACUGCCGUGAUCUGUAAGUUGUAUUGUCGGGCUUCUACAUUUUCUUCAUUAGCAGUAAAAAUGUA